CGGUCUGGUCGGAUACACGGCACCGGGCCCAAAAUUUAGGGGGGCCCAAAUUCUUUUUCGCCAGUUGCAUUAAAACUUUAAAAAAAUAAAAAAUAAAAAAUUAAAGCAUCUUCUUCCCUUCCCUUCCCUUCCCCGUGAGUUCAGUCAAACAUGCAAACCCCAACUUCCUAAAAUAACUCUUCAAAUUCUUAUUCUCUCUCCUUCUCAUGAUUUGAUUUCCAAAAAAUAGUCAAUUAAUUCUCUUAAUUCCCUUAAUUAUCUCUCCUAAAAAUACUCUAAUUGACUGAAUUCUUCUCCUACCUUCUCUGCAAUUAUGAAAAAAGUACCGUUCAUCCUUGUUUUCCUCUCUAUCAAUUCAUUCUCUGAAAUUACCCAUCUAAAUUCAUGGUAUUCAACGGAUAAAUUUCAUUUAUUUAUAUAUGUAUCAAGAAAAUCUCUUAAAUAUCAAUAUCUACUUCGAAUUAUUUUCAAUUCAAAUAGCCCUUCAUUCCUUCAAUAACGAUGCAGUUGGACCUGAGGCUCUGAACUAUAAGUCUAUAAUCAGAGGGGAAAUCGGGAGUUGCAGUUCGUUAUUGGAAGGCCGGAAGCAAUCAAUUUCUUCUCUUUCUUCGUUUGACAAGCAUUCAAUCCAGGCCAGUUGUUGUUCAGGCCUCUUGUUCAGAUGUGUUCCUGCUGUGCAAGCUUACUGCAGUCUGCAGGUCUGCUUGACUGGUGUAGCGGUGUACAGGCUGUCUGACUGAGUGACUGAUGCAGCUGGUGCAUUGUAUCUAUGUUGUUGCAGUGUGUAUUUGUUGAUGGUGUGUUGUUGUUGUGCUCUACUACUGCAGUGUUGCUUGCUCUGUUGCGUGCUUGUGCUCUUAUCGUAGUUAAUUUGUUGAUGGUGUAGUGGUGUACAGGCUGCCUGACUGCAGUGACCGGUGCAGC